UGUUUGCAUUGAACUCAACUGAUGAGUGAAAAUGUGUUCACUUUUAUGACAAUUAGUGACAGUUUGUGACAACAAUUAGUGGACACCUGUUAUGAUGAAUGACUUGAAAGACCAGAAUUCACUGCAUCUGAGUUGGUGUGACAGCCAAUGGCUACCAGUGCUCAACCAACACAAUGUCUUGGAGUACUUCAGUGAGAGAUCCAAUCCCUUCUACGACAGGACCUGUAAUAACGAGAUCCUGAAGAUGCAGAGACUGCCCAUUGAACAGCUCAGCAAAUUCCAGGGCAUUGAGUAUAUCCUCCUCCACUGUCAGGAGCCCAUCCUGUAUGUGAUCCGAAAGCAGGAACGCCUGACCCCCGCUCAGGCCACCCCUAUCGCCGACUACUACAUCAUCGCUGGUGUCGUAUAUCAGGCGCCGGACUUGCAUUCACUCAUAAACUCGCGGAUCCUGUCCACUGUCCACCACUUGUCCUCCGCUUUCGAUGAGUCCUAUUCCUACUCCAGAUAUCAUCCGUCGAAAGGCUAUUGGUUUGAGUUCAGCAAAGAUGGCGACAAAGACGGCAACAAAGAGAAGAGCGAUAAGACAUCGAAGGAGAAGAACAAAGAGGAGAUGAAUAGCAGCACUAAAUUCCAGCGCAAGAGAGUCGACAUCUUGUUGUCUGAAUUGACCAAAAAGUUUCCGCCGAAACUCAUUCAACAGACACCACAACAGCCGCCGACUGGCGAUAAGGCGAGCGCUAACUCCUCCCAAAACUCGACUGAAGCCGAGACCAAAGUGGAGGUCAAAGUGGAAAAGGCUGAGUCCACUGCCGCCCCAUCCCAGACCGCACCGGCACCUAAUGCCCGACGAAUGGCUGACACACCCGGCGCCGGACCGCCCGAGAAGAAGCAGAGACUUAAUUGAGUGAUAAAUGAUUGUGUAUUUCGGUGCCAAUGUGUCAAGACUCUUGUAUUCCUCUGGAGUGAACUAAGAGGUGUCACCACUGGUUAUGUGGACUCGAUUGCUGUGAAUUGACUUUUUUUUUAAUGAUUUACUCGAAAUUUAUUUAUUGAAUAAAAACAAUAUUUUCCUUAUACUGUACUGUAUUUAAAAA